UGAACGUACUACUACAACGUAGUCUAAAUCAUUAAAUCGGGUCUCAACUAGAUCAUUCAUUUUUUCAGAGUCGAAGUCUUGGGCCUGGUAGAUAUAACGUAGCCAAUGGUUCAUUCAGUGCAAAGGCCGUCAUGGAGAGAUCAUCUGGACCAGGUAACUGUCAUAAGACUCCAUGACUAUCACAUUUCACUCUAAAUUUAGGCCAUCAUAGACAUGGCACGCCCCAGCACAAGCCUCAGCUAAUCAUGAAGUGCGCAUAACUGCAAUGCAAGUUUGCAAAUAUAUUUAUAAAAACUCUACACUAUCUUAUUGUGAAGCAUAUUAAUUUAAAUGACAACACGAUGGUCUGCUGUAACUGUGAAAAAUAUUUUACAAUUCGUGACACAAUAACGUGCUGUUUUUGAUGUUAUACUCUGAGUGUAUAUCCACACCCGGCAAGCUUGAAAAAUAUGCCUGGUCACGGUGAGAAUUGAAUCUAACUAGCCCAAUGCACUUCCAACUGAGCUAUGCGGUCAGGUCGGUUCGAGUAAGUGACAAAGGUCGUAGUUUCGAUUCCCACCGUGGCCAGGCAUAUUUUUCAAGCUUACCCGGUGUGGAUAUAUCACAAACAUCAUAUUCACCUGAGUCCUGAGUACAUAUAACACCAACACAGAGAACAAAACAAUAACAUGCAUCACCAUGGCCCUAGCAGGUACGUUCCUUCGAAUGCCAUCGCCAGCGUUCUGAUUUUCCAAAUUUCAGUGGUUAUGUACUUAUUCUGAUACCCCGUUACGGUCGUUACCUUUUACCGCGACAAAUCAAUGACUUUUAAAAGAUUCUGCGGAUUCGUAAUCCCAGUGCAUUCAGAAUGUAAAAAUGAUUGCACAGCUACCUAAAAACCCCAAAGAUUCAAGUGAAUGCACCCUUACCCUCUUUUCCAAUCUUCGCCGGGCCCCUUUAUUAAAUCCCUCUCUUUUAAACCCCUCUCUGUUAAGAGCCACUCUAUAACCCCGGUCCCUCUAUUACCCUAUCUAGUAAAGUAACCCACUAUUUAUUAAGCCCCCUCUAUCGAGCCCCUCUGUUAAGCCUCCCUCUUCUAAUCCCUCUCUAUUGAGAUUAAGAUAGAUUAACAUGUCUAUAGCGCAAAUUCACAUGAUUGUGCAUAUGAUCAAAUGCGCUUUACAUCAAGUAUUAUAGGCUUACCUAAUUACAUACUUAGCCUAUACACUACUUUAUCUUUCCAACAAUUGUGAUAUUACUUGCCUAAACUGUGUUUAUAAUCGUAGUUCUCUGUCAACUUUCCCUGUGAGAAGAAACCGGAGAAAACCCACGACUUUCCGCAGAGCGUUGACCGGUACUAAGCACCCCCUCUAUUAAGCCUCUCCCUCCCCCUUAAAAGCCACCUUAUAGUUGUGUUCAUGUUACCCUGUACGUUACCUGCAGAAAUAAAUAAUUUUUGAACAAAAAUUGUCAAAUUAUUUCAUGGGUAAAUAAAUAAGUCCCACCCUCUAAUAACCUCCCCCCCAAAAAAUAGACAGUGCCCCCUCAUAGGAGCUUAGUAUAGGGACUACAGUACGUCAAUUUAGUUUAGUUUCUUUUAGUCUGAUUACUUAUUUCAUGUGUGCAAUCGCACAUUACUGUAGGCUGGGAAAGAGCUUAUGAAACAAUGCAAGAAGCUAAUUGUCCACACCUCCUGUAUAAAGAAGAGUGGAACAAAAAGCAGCUACAGGUAACAUAUAACUGUCACGUGUUAUUUGUGCAUGCUUAUAGACUAUCCGAGUUUAGGAUGGUAUGUAUAACACAGGAAGAACCUGCAGUCGCCUACAGUUUGCAGUGUUGUUUUUGGUACCUUCCCUACAAAAAAGCUGUGGGUCUGCGGGUACCACCCAUGAGGAAGAUUUACCAUAUAUGAGGUCAAUAAGAAAGGUUUAAUGUGGAACAAUUCUGCUCAGGACUUAAACACCGCGUGAAACAAAUCAUGAUACUUGACUAGGCAGGCUGAGGUUGGCGGGAUACUGAUGUUGUACUGGUAGUUAUGUAGUACAACAUUUCCUUGGGUGGCUGGAAGUUCUGGAAGGAAACUUCCAAGCCACCAUUGGUGCGUCCAAUCCCGGACUCAACUCCCUACAAGUAUGUUUGUUAUAUAAAGUAACAUGGACAUAAAGUAACAUCAGCACAAGACUAUACAAUAAAUUAUGUGUAUUUAAAGCCAUUUCCCAAUAGCAAGGACAGUCACCAGAUAGUGUCCAUGUACACGGCAAGUCUAUACAUAUCAAAGGCUGCAUUGAAUAAAUUUAGAUAUGUUUGAGUAGUUGUUUACAUGAUGAAAUGUUGGGAAAGCCAUGUACAGGAGUUGUUUGGCAAAUAGUGUUAGUUGAUCAACCAGCUGAUCAAAGUUAAUACUACAGUAGUUACAGACUUACAGUAGUAGCUAGGAAAGACAAAUUUAUAUACAGUAUUCAGGGGUGGAAGAACAUAUAGGCGAGCACUGCUCGCAGGAUAUGUUAGACAGCUGCAAGAAAUUCGUUUGAAUGAAGAUUUGCUAUCGAAAGUUUGAAGGAAACCUUGACACCCAUGUCCCACUAUGGGCGCAACAACAUAUGGUUGACGGACAUUAUUCCUUGAAUUUAAAACCAUUGUCAGCUAGAACACUAUACGUUUAUGCACAUGCAGAUUUAGCACAAAAAUAGUCCUUUGGUCUGCAAGCCAGGGAACAUUUGUCUCCAGGUUGUGCUCCCAGGAAGAAAAUAUUAUUCUUUUUUCCUGCCCUGACAGUAUUUUGCAAUUUGAAAAAGCCAUAAUUCACAUUAUCUUGAGGAAGGUUUCAAAAACUUUUUGCAACUCUGUAUCCCUAUCUAUCGCACGAGGUGCGACUAACCCCAAAUAUGACGGUGAUUUGUUAAAGUGCGACAAUGACGUAACCCCAAAUAUGCAUGCGUAUUUGGAUCAUUCAAAGAACAAAUGUAAUAUAUCUCUAAAUAUAUCUUUAGUAAAGUUUCCGGAUAUGAUGUCAUUAGAUGAAUUGCAAAAUAAUUUUUCCUUAUAUAGUUUGCUUUUUGCUCCAAAGAUUCAUCUAAUAACAUCAUAUCCCAAAACUUUCGCAGUGUAAAAGUUGAUCAAGAGGAAAUUUUUUACUAAGAAGAAAUGAAUUAAAAUUUAACCAGGGAUACACAAAACAAAUUCACGACUAAUGCGAAGACAUACUAUUGUUCAAUAAAUACUAAGGGCCAUCAUUCCAAACAAACUAAUGUAGACUAACAACUAACUACAAGACUAACAAAUUCAGGCAGCGAUUGUAAAGCGAUAUCAAAUUUCCCAACUCGUCUGGGCACCGCAAUAUAUCUUUAUAGAAUGACACAACCAUUAUACAAAUAAGAAUCCUGAAGAAUCAUAUUUGGAGUUAGCGGCACUGUACUUCUUAAACAAAAUACUUGCUCGUGGGUUGUUUGUUAUUACCAAUCGAUGGAAACAAUUUGUUUUUUGUAGAAAAAGUUGCUUGGACCAGGGACAUAUGAGAUAAAGGAUUUCGCUGGAUUACUGGAGUCUAAACCUGGAAGUGUUCGUGGAAUUUGUGAAACAAGAGCCAAGAGAUUCAAUUCCGUAGGAAAGGUAAACCAUGUGCAGACGAUUAUUCCUAAACUCUUUCUUUAACCAAUUUUUCAGUCAAAUUUGCUUAUUUGCACCCUUCGAAGGCCGGCUUUGCAGGUUUGAAAUAUCAUCCAAGCAUUUGGAAAAAAGUCGAACCCCUAUUACGCGGACACCUUCGGGACAUCACCAAUGUGUCCUCUUAAAAUGGGUGUCCGCUUAAUAGGAGUUUGCAAAAGUUAAUACAGCAGGGGGUAAAACCCAACAAUUAAUUUAGGAACAGUAGUAAAUGUGUCAGCGGAGCGGACAAAUUAAAGAAAGAAAAGUUUGUUUUAGGAGAUUAGUUCAAGUUAAUAUUAAUAGCGUUUAUACGUAUCCAUAGAAAUACUGCAAAACAUUAAAAAAGUAUGUGUCUUGUGGAUUUUCUUCAAAUUGAUUUCUACGAUUUCUUCAAAUUGACUGUUUGGUGAUACACAUACAACUGUAUCUAUAUAUGCACAAUGAUUUAAAACAAUUAUUGGAUUCGGCUUUCACACGAUAUCAAUAAUUAACAAGACCUCAGUCGAUGUUAUCCGCCUUAGCCUUCGGAAGAUAACAAUGACCUCGGUCUUCAUAACUGUUGUGUACACAAGUACACAACACUAAUUGGUUGAUAUUUGUAGUUUUGACUUUUCUUGAAAACGAUGAUCCGCGUUAGAUGAUUCCGAAUUUGAUCCUCGCAUUUUAAAAUCUUUGGAUUAAAAUUCAGUCUUUCAAACCUUUCAUGGUUAGCUGGACAGUGGCGUGCACUUCGCGAGGGGGGGAGUUAGGUUGGCAAAUAUGACCACCUUUAUAGCUGGGAAUCUUAGUUCUUUAAACUUUUUCCUUUAAUUCCAUGCAAUCGAUAGCUUAUUUUAUAGCCUAUACCAAUGCUUUCAUGUUUGAAAAAUUAUAGGUUCAGAUAUCAGAGGGGGAUAUUGAGUGCUCUCCCCCAGUUUUGGGGUUAUCCCUUACAUGAUAGUACUGUAUAUACUAAAUAAAUCAAGUCAUUUAGUUUGACUCGAUGGCCUAUGGAAUUUAUACUUCCAGAACAUUUUUGUUUUGUCACAAUGGUCACGGAAAUAAAUUAAUUGUUUUUCCAGGCCUUAUGAUUACUAUAGUUCUCCUCAUGCAGUUAACUACUCUACACUGUCGGAAGCGCAUGUCAAUGUUUCGUUAUAUUUGUCCAUAGAGUGGUGUCCCAGGCCCCGGUACCUAUGGAAAAGGCGGGAUACCGAAUGCCGCAGUGGAGGAAAAACAGAAACAGUCCACAAGUAAUGUUGGGAUGUUAGAGUCAGGAAAAUCAGAAAGAAAAUUGCCAGAAGUGGUAGGUCUUCGUAUUUUAAGCCUGCUCCUCACCACGAUGCAAGCAUAUGCAUGAGCACAAGAGGGAUCAAACGUAUCUUAUGUACUGUCCUCACUACGACGCAACAUGUAAGCAUAAACAUAAACAUAAACAUAAGAAUAGAAAAGCUUUGCAUUCUUUUCCUUAUGCCUAUGCAUGUCGUUGCUUUUGCUUUAUCUUGCGUUGUAGCGGAGAGAUUAGGGUACAGGUGAUAUACAUGCACGUACCCGUAAAUCGAGGUACGACUUGCAACUAAGAAAUCCAAGGUAUUCCGGAGUAAGAUACUGUAAGCGAUCGGAGAACCGUAACUUUCGUUGUUGAGGACGAGCUUCGCCAUAGAUUUUGGAAAAAUUGACGAGCAUACGGGCAUACAUUGAUAGAUUUAGGUAAGAUGUUGAAGUAUUUUACGACUUAAACUGCCCACAAAUGGUAAAAAGUAAACACCCGUUCGCGUUUGUCUCUUACGUGUAGACCAUGGUUUACCGCGGGGAAGGCUGUAGAAAUUACGGAUAAACAUGCUGACAUCAGCAAAAAUUGGUAGACAAAAUGGCGAAACUCGUGCCCGUAAACUGGGGUAUCUUAACCUCUCUUAUGAGGACACGCAGUGGAAACAACACAAGCUUAAGAACAUCACAGUGUUCCGAUUGUUUAUUAUUGCGCCUAUGCUUGCGUUGUAUUGAGUGCAGCCAGGGCUUUAAACUAGGAUAUCAGCAGGGCCGUAGUUAGACGCGAUAAUUUGGGGGGGGGGGUAUAUCCAUGUUCACAUACCUUAAAAAGAAUCGCUUUCAAAAUAAAUCCGUUGGGCAUAACAUGGAUAUAUGAAUAUGCACCCCCACCCCCAAUUAUCGGUCUAGCUACGGCCUUGAGGAUAUGGCAAAACUCACUAGAUGAGAGAAGUUGAGAGAAGUUUUAAAAUUAUACAGAAAGCUUCUUUAAAUGUUGCUUAGUUUGACCAAAAAUACAGUUUGACCAAAAAUCAAUGAAAUGUCCUCUUUCACAUAUGAAAUCUUCCAAUUCGACCCAAAAUUUUACAUGUGAAGUAAUGUGUGAAAUUUUCAUAAGGGCGGCAGGCGGAAUGCAUGCAUGGUAUAACCGCAAUAGUAUGGUGUCCAAUUACUGGUGAACGAUGGGAUUUUAAUAUACUACCGUACAGCUAUACUACCGAAUACUGCUGAAAUAUACAACCGUACAGCUGUUACAAUACCAUGAUGGAAGAUAUUUGUUAAAGCGUCCGAUAUUGCUCGCUUCUUUAAUUCAUGCUAGAAAAACUAGAGCUGUGCAAACUCCGGUUAUUUCAGCUCCGACUGCGGCAGUCAAAACUCCGGCUCCGGAAAGGAAAUUUUAAGUAGAAGCAGGCGAAAGUAUUUGAAUGUGAUUUCAGAUAAUUUUGUCUGCCGGAGUUUUUGCCGGAGUUUUCCAAUUCCGGCUCCAUGCAGCUCUGACUCCGGCAAAAUAUGCCGGAGCUCCGGUACUCCGGCGCACAGCUCUAAGAAAAACGUGCAGUACUACGGGAUUUAGAUUUAAAUUAUACAGCAUGCAGCCAAAAGGAUCAAUAAGCGAUACAUAAUGGCGCAAAUCUUGAAAUAGUUUGAGAAACGAGAAUAAAUUCACAGUGAUAGAUUAAACAUGCGCGGGAAAUUGUGAUUCUUGUUACAUUUGAAGCAUUUUAACACCAAUUUGUUUCCCAUUAUACCUAUAUAAAAAUAGCCGUCUUGCGAUGUUAUGAUGUUGUGCUGAUGUUUUCCUUAUUCUUAUUUUGUAAAUAACAUCUCUCAAAGGCUGACUGUGUGGCUUUAAUUUCCGGCAAAUUAAAUUUCUAACAUAAAAAUUAUAACUUGUUGUAGCUCGGAGAUUUCGAAGUUUUGGUUGCCCAAAGUCUAUUUUUGUCGGCAUGAUUUUGAGUUGUAUAUUUUCCCCCGGUCGUAUAAUAAUUUUAUUUUAUUUUCAUCAAGGGUUCACAUCUAUGUCCUGGCCAGUAUAACUCGAAGAGCUUUGCCGACGAACUUUCAGAACGAGUUGUCAGUAAACGCGGUCCUUACGAUCUUUUCACUGGAUCGAGAAAUAAACCAAUUACGGUUGGUCACUUGGCCGUUCCGGUAAGAAAGCUGUUAUUUAUAUGAUUUAGUUAGUUUUUCAACUAUUUUUUUGUCCUCCCCCCCUCCCCUUCAGCAGAUAAUGUUGCAUGCAAGAGUCGUUUCUAUACUUCGUUUCCUGCAGCAUAUCUGCGAUACCUGUGAAGCACGUUUUCGAAUCGUCAACGCUCUGCCGAAAGUCGUGGGUUUUCUUCGGGUGUUUCGGUUUCCUCCCACAGGGAAAGUUAACAGGGUGGGUUAGGAUAAACACAGUUAAGAAAGUAAUCACAAUAUAAUUUAAAAAACUCAUUAAUAAAAAACCCUCGCACUCCGUGCUUUAUCAGAUAUGCUGUAAAACACUCGAGCUGCGCUCUCGUGUUUUGUAUCUGAUAAAGCACUCCUGCUCGUAUUUUAAAUAGUACAUAAUACUUGAUGUUACCUACAUUAGACUUUCCAAAGUCGGCGGUUCGUGGUUCCUGGAAGCGACGGACUUUUGUCACCCGCAAGCGCACCAAAUUCACCGGUACAUUUUUGCUCUGGUGACGUCAGUGAAUGCUCAAUAUUAUUAUGAACAAAACAAUAAUGAACUAGUGAAAUCGACAUGGCGAACGCCCACUAUGUCAUAAUUGAUUUUCGUGCCAAAUUUUUCAGUAAGAUUUAAAAUCAGGCAAGUGACACAAGUCGCUCGCUUCCGUCUUUCUCAAGCGCUCCCUUCUUGCUACGGGCGGUCCCUAGCGAGCGACUUGGGCAAGUCUAGAUGUUACCGGUCACUGGAAAGCUUCAAUUUGGCAAUGAGAGUGAGCUAAAUAAUAAUGUCAUGAUAAUAAUAAUUAUAACAAUUAUUCGCCGAAGGCUAGUUGAUUAUCGGUGAAUAAAAACCGAGACGAAGUCGAGGUUUUUAUUCACGAUAUCACCGAGCCUGAGGUGAAUAAUUGCUUUAGGGUGAUUGCUAGAUAGUAUACUUCAAAAUAAGGUUUCCGUUUUUAUAACGUAGAAAAAACUAUCCUAACACAAAACUAAACCCUAACCCUGAUACUAAACCUAACCCUAACCCCAACCUAACCCUAACCUAAACCCUAACCUAAACCCUAUCUUAUUUUAAAAAUAGAAUAAAAACGGAAAUCUUAUUUUGAAGUAUACUAUCUAGCAAUUGCCAUUGCUUUAGUAUACUAUUUCAUAGGUGAUUAUUUGGGAAAAAAUAAAAAAUACACAUUUCUUCGGCCGCCAUUUCGAAAAUCGCUUAGGUGAUUAUCGCGUUAUAAUCAUCUAAACGGCAACUAAUCAGCGUGAAGAAUUGUCAUAACACCUAUGUAAUUAUACUAAUGUAAAUUAUCUACUUUAUUGUAGCUUCAGCCGUUUCCUUAUGGUAAACGCCUUUCUUUUCAAAAAUAUUUGUAUGCUCUCAGUCAAUCAGAACUGAGUAAUUUUUCGUGUAUGUAAAUAUAAUAUUAAGAACACAAGGCACUAUCAGGUACAAAGAAGCCAGUAAUACAGUUUUGUACAUUAAGAUACAGGUGUUAGGUUUUACUUUUUAUAAUUCUUCUUUCAAUUUUGUAGAUUCGAACUAAUCUUGGUCCUGGACAAUACGAUAUACAGUCAUUUCUACACGAAUUUACGAGUAAGUACUGUAUAUACUGUUUAUUAGGUGUUUAAGCAUGAAGGAUGGCAACGAUUAGACCAUGGCGAUCAACAGUCAACAAGAUGACAAUAUCUUAUUGCGUAAAUGAAAUCAAAAGCUUCACGGGUACAGCCCUAGGCUUACAGAGAAAAAAAAUUUUCAUGACUUCGGGACCGGUCGUUAUUUAAAGCUGGCGGUGGCGCCGAAGAGAAAGGUUUUUCUUUGUAAAAUAAAUGUCUGCUGAUCCAACCAUUAAAAAUUCAAAAUUUUUCGUAGCCAACCUCAAAUAUUAAUUAAAAAAAUAUAUACCCACCCCUGGGUACUAAAAAAAUAUAUAUUAAAUUAUCACACAUGUCCUUUAUCACUUUCGUAACAUGAGUUUGAUAACAGCUUGUGCAGUUUUCUGCAGUGUAAUGUUUCAUGUUAUCUACACAUGUACCCGCUUUGGAGACACCAUUUGCCUCCUGAAAAUCGGAACAUGAUCAGAUAGUGACUCCGUUUGAUUCACAUAUUGUAUGGACAUAUGACUGUUGACAUUGCCUUUUGGUUUUCAAUAUUUGAGUGAGUCAUGCUUUGGAAAUGACAAUAAUGUUUUAUUACCCAAUCCUUGAGUUGUUUUGUUUCUCAUUUACCCAACCCUUUUCUCUUCGGUGCCCCCCCCCCCUCCCCACCAUAACCAAUGACUGGUCCCUUAUACUGUACAAUAUAACGCUCGCAUUUACAAGAUUCGUGAGUCGUGAUCGAAAUUGGUGGAUUUUGUUCAGCUGUUGACGUUAGGGACCGCGCCUAAAUGUCCAAAGCAACUAUUGCUCUCGACCAUUUUUCUUGUGGUGGUCGCGUAUCACGUGAAACUGCUGGCAGGUUUGGCGCUUCGUGUUCGAUAUAACUGAAUGCUGAUGGAUUUUUGUAGAUGGAAUUUUCGAACGAAAAUUUAUAUACAAUUUUAGACCUAACCGGGAUCAGCUGUGAAGAAUGUAACUGCAGGCCCUUCGGCAAGAACCGAACUCCUGGUCACAGCGAUGCACCUGAAAUGCAGGGCACCGACACUAUAGAGUCCAGUUGCCGACCUGCUUUCAAUAGGUUUCCAUGAUUAACAUUCCUAAGAAGAAGGAAAGCAAUACUAGAUCAAAAGUCAUUAAAUGUGUUUCGAUGUGCCGAUCAAUCCUGCUCGUUAUGCGUGGUAGUAGUCUCGUGGUUAGUGUGUUGUUCCUCGUGAACAACGUUCCAAAAAUUCAGAGAGUUAAAGCUAAAGUCUCUCUGGUGUAAUUAUAUGGUCCAGCGGUAGCGGCCCUCUCACUAAUCGAUCAUUGAGGAACCUCUCCCCAUGCUAAGGACGUGGCGGUGAAGUGAUGUUGUGCUUCAAGUACUUUGACUUUAUAGUGCGUUAUACGACGCCGUGAUUGCGGUGAAACUGUUACGCAUGCGCGUGUCAAUGUGUUAGUGCGAAACAUCAAAUUAUAAUGAGGGAAUCACAGCUGGGGAACUGAAAUGCCAAUACGAUUAUUAGAGCAAUUUAUACAUGGGGUGGGCUAGCCUGGCUUAUCCUGACAAGAUAUUGUAUACCGAAACUCUACUUCAGCCUAUUUAGGAACGUCUGUAAGACAUGUAAAAUAUGUAUUUAUACAUGUAAGUCGCUGUAAGACAUGAUUAGUCAGCUCGGUAAGCCCGUCUCAUGUACAGAAAACAACCGUGAAAUCAUUAUGAGAAAAACUCAUUGACAAAGUAAUACAGGUAUAUACAGCAUGAGCAGCCAUGUGCCCAUGUUAGUAUAAAGCUUCUGAAACAUAAAAAUUUCAACACUCAACUAACAGCAGUUGCGUUUUAAGAAAUAUUAAAAAAGAAGUGAUUUUAACUGAGAAAAAAUUAAGGAGUAAUAUUGCACAAUAUCCUGUAACUUGUGUAAGUCAACUGGAGGGCAUCUCUCCGUUCAAGGAUGAUGCGCAAUCAUCAAAUGCCAAUAAUGACGUGUACAUGUCGAAUGUUGCACAGUGUUGCAUGAAAAUUUAAACAAAGUCAAACCCGAUUCAACAUCAGCCAACAUAGUGUUCAAACGAGGACAACGUGUUGCAUCCAACAGUGUUGGACGAGUAUGUUUGCCCUUUACGUGCUUUUAACUCCAGAAUACUGUAAUACCAUAGCCUGUUGGCUAGCAUCAUGGAACUUGCUGUUUCAGUCAACACUGUUUUUAUAUCUUUUCAAGGUGAACAAAAGAAUCGUCACGGAAGAUUUUUGAAAUUGGAAAGAUUCCCGGAUCAUCCGGCCAAUCGAAUUUACUUCAGCACGCUGAGUCAAUGUCCUCGUGGCAAGGUAUUUUACAUGCAGUUGCACUAAUAUUUCAUCUUAAUAAAUUAAGGAAAUUGCUGUUUCUUUACCCCGCGCCAAUUAUCAAAAAUACAAACAGAACUUCGACGAGAGUUGUAUUUUUCAGGUAGUUGUAUCUCUCUCAAUCCGCAGCAGCUGCCUUUUUCGGCAGUAACAUCCUGAUGAAGCCAGCAUGUGUGAAAUAAAGAUCAAUGAAAUAAGCUGUUUUUUCUGUAACACCCUGAUGAAACCAGCGUCUUUGAAAUAAAGAUCAAUGCAAUAGGCUGUUUAUUCUGCAAAACCCAUGAUGAAGCCAGCGUGUGUGAAACAAAGAUUGAGUUGACAAUAAAUUCGUACAAAACUUGAAAGUCCGUGAAUUUGAAAACAAAAAUUCAAGGUCUUGAAUGUCCUUGAAUUUGUAAAGUACUUGAAUCGUAAAUUUUUCUUGGUUUAGUUUUUGGAUAUUUUCUGAAAUUUUCUGACGUUCAAAACGGACAUUUUGUUGAAUUGAUUUUGCAUGUUCAUAUCUGACAAUUAAAAGCUGUUUAUUAAAGUUGCGUUUUCAACAACUCAUCGUCAGAUUUUAAUAACCCCUUUUCUUCAGUAUUUAGUCCUUGAAUUUGCUAAUACAUGGCUUUGAAUGUCCUUGAAAAGUCUUUGAAUUUAACUCUUCCUUUUGACUCUUCCUUCUUCUUUGAAUAUGACUCUUCCUCACAUGUACGAACCCUGAUAAAGAUUGAGUUGACAAUAAUUUUACUGUAUCCUGUAGAGUGACGUCGGACCUGGUUCAUACACUCCACGAAGUCUGAGUAAACCUCAACCAACAAGACGACCUGGCUUUGGUUCCACUGCUGGACGUUUUGAUAAACACGCCAGAAAAUUCUUCCUUGCAAGCAAUGUAUGUAUUCAUUUACAUAUAUCUUUAAAUUUUAUGUUUGAUACCUAAUCACCUGGCUUAGACAAUGUUAGAGAGUAAAAUGAUUCAAGGGAACCCGACCUUUGUAAGAAGGCAUUGCGCCAGGUAUUGGUUUCAAUAUAAUUAGAUUCGUGCUCAGACUUCUACUACAGCUACAGCUACAGUACUUCUGUUUCGUUUAUGGUCUCUGAAUGGUAGCGAUACGGCAGACGAAGUCAAAUCGGAUCAUCUUUGUUGGUGCAAAUCUCCACGAUGGUGUUCCAGUAGUAUGACUGUGAAACAUAUAAAAAUCACUGUAACUGACAUUAAGGCGGUAGAACGCCCUGGGGCCUGUUGUAUAAAAAAGUGAUUAAAGUUAACUAUGAUUAAGUGCAAACGUCAUCCAAUAAGAAGCGCCUAUUUGAGAGUUAUCACUAUUUAACUACAAAAUAGUGAUUAAAAAAGUCAUUAAGAGUUUUAUACAACCGGCCCCAGAUAUAAAGAUUCGCCACUUGUUGGCAAUUCACAUGCAGGGUCUUUUUACAUGAAUUUACGUAAUAAAUUGAGAUCGAGGAAUAAACUAGCAUGCAUGGCUGGCUAUUUUUUGACGCUGAUUAUGAAGUAUGAGAAGUGCAACACCCCAUUCUCAUGUGUAAUAAUAUGUCCAUUCGUGUUUCCGUAUAGAACCCAGUUGGACCAGGUCGUUAUGAGGUCGAGAGAUACCAUGAAGCACAACCAGUAAAUGGCAAUUCAAGUGUCUUUAACUCGAAAACAGGCAAACUUGAUCUGGUUCGUGACAAAUACAUCACGUGAGUAAAUAUAUAGUCAUUUGUACCAGCAUAUAAUAGUACCAGGUCCGGAACUACUCGGGGGGGGGGGGGAAAAGUAAUAAAAGGGGGGCCAACUUGGCCCCGGAAUGCUGUAACUGCGGAACGUGUUAAAUAUUAAGGAAUUUUCUAGGUCAAAAAAGGGCUGAAAAAGUAUUUUUUAGCUCCCAAAUUUUUUUGGGACGUUUGGUGGUCGGAAAAAAACGACAACCCCCCCCCCAUGCUUUAGCAACCAUACAUAGUACUACAGUGUGGUGGCUAGAGUAUGCUCAAAAUAGCACGUUGGCGACUUAAACAAGCUAGCUAGUGCACCAUUAGCCUGCGUAGCAGUCACUUUAUUCCAUUGAAGGUCAUGAGGAUUUUUGAACCCGCCAUUUAUUCAAAAACCCUCAAAACGUUCAAUAAAAUAAAGCGACUGCAACGCAGGCUAGGUGACCUAGGUCACCAUAAGCGCGAAGACAUACUACUUUUGAAUAAAUACCAAAGUUUCUGAUUCGAACAAACUAACAAACUACUAGACUAACAUACCAAAACAGGCAGAGCUAACAGACUAAAGGCCCGGUCACACUACACAACGAUAACGAUACGAUAACUUGUAUACGCGCGCUGAUUGGUCAAAAAUUUAUCGUUAUCGUCCGACUGAAAAAAAAAUCGCUCAGGUGAGCGAUUUUACAAUCGUUAUCGUUAUCGUCUAACGAUAAUUUUAUCAUUUUCGUUGUUGUGUGGACACUAACACAAUUUUUUUGACAAUUAUCGCGUGUUUACAAUUUAUCGUAUCGUUAUCGUUGUGUAGUGUGACCGGGCCUUAAGGCCUGUUUUAAAGUCCGUAUAGACCGGACGCGUUCGACAACGCGACGCGAAUUUUUAGUUUUUAAAAACAAAUAAAACCGUCAACGGAUAAAAAUUUUACAAGAUAUGCAGACCAAAUAGCUAAAGUGGUUCCGGAUAUUUGAAAAACAUAGAAAAAUAUUGAAGUCAUUGAAAAUUGAAAAUUCGCGCGUCGCGUUGCCAAAUCGCGUCCGAUCUGUAUGGACCUUUACACGUCGAAUUUCGGUCGCGUCGCAUGCAAUUUAAACAAUAGAUAAUGAAGCUUAAUUAAUAAGGUUUGUAAUGUCAUUAGCGAGCUUAAAGUGCAUAUAUGACACGAAUUUUUUUAUUUUCUUAAAUGAAAGAACUGUUUAAGCUGUAGUGUAACUUAUUUUUCAGUUUCUUGUUUUUGUGGUUUGUUCCCGAGACAUUUCAAUUUGUUUGAUAUGUAAAUCUAAUCAUAAACUUUUUGUACCAAGACCCUUAACGGAAUCCUUGAAGAAAAGUUUUCCUAUAGAGGAGCUACCCUAUGGAAUGACAUACCCGUCGAACUCACUAGAGUUCAAUCUCUCGCUGAGUUUAAAUCUAAAAUAUCUUAAUAUUUCUUUUAUAUUAGUUUCUUUGCAUGUGUGGUUUGUUACUUUUGUAAAUAGUUUGAUACCUUUUUAUUAUUAAUUAGUCUACUAGUAUAGGUACACGUCUCCAUUGAAGAGCACAUAACAUAACCUGUGAAAUGGACCUCGUGUUUUAAAUAAAGAUGUCAAUCAAUCAAUCAAAUGAGAGUGAAUAUGUCCGCUAAUUUAUGACGUCACGUUGGUUGCAAGCUCUUCAAAAUGGUUGAAUAUCACGGCUAUCAUCCAAGAUAAUAUUUUCUAACUUCGCUCACUGGUAAAUGUGAUAAAAUACUGGAGAAAAACGUGAACUGAUAUCUACAGUUUUUAGAGUUAAGGCUGCAUUCCAGUUACGCGUUUUUCAUACGUGCGUGCACGCACGUAAAAGUUGAAUUCGCUUUACAUCCUUCUUAUGAAAUAACUAAAUUUAUAAAAGGACAGCAUUCAGUUUUAUGUAUGAUUUAAUGUGUAUUUGUUAAGGUUAUUUGCACUUAUAUGAAAUUUUAAGCGAAUUCAACUUUUACGUGCGUGUACGCACGUAUGAAAAACGCGUAACUGGAAUGCAUACUAAAACUGUCUGUACCAGUGUAGGUAGUAUACCAAUGUGAAAAUGUUGUGCUGAGUGGUUAUAUUACCACCUUAAAAAAUAAGCAGAAACUCGACGUUUCGAGCGAAGGCCGUUCGUCAAGAGUUAGUAGAAACUAUUCGACUAACUCUUGACGAAAGGCCUUCGCUCGAAACGUCGAGUUUCUGCUUAUUUUUUAAGGUAGUAAUAUAACUGGAAUGCAGCGUUUAAUAGAUUUAUAACCAGUGUAAGUUGAGCUUGCAACCAACGUGACGUCAUUCACACUCAUUUACAUACCAAACAAAUUGAAAUAUCUCGUGAACAAACCAUGAAAACAAGAAACUGAAAAAUAAGUUAUACUACAGCUUAAAGAGUUCUUUCAUUUAAGAAAAUAAAAAAAUUCCUGUCAUAUGUACUUUAAGCAAGCGACGUUUUGGUCAACGCGGACGUCAGAUUGCCGAGGGUGGACUGGAUUAAAAACUGUGUUUGUGUUAGUUUGUGGUAAUCUUCAACACAUAUGACAAAAUAUAAGAAUUUUAUAGUUUUUUGCUUCCUUACACGAGCGCUAUGAUGCAAAAUGCCUCAAAUAUUAGUGACACUAAUUUUUGGGUGACGUCCGUUGCAUUUGACGCGACCAAAAUUCGACGCAUAAAACGGGCCUAAUAAACAAACGCACAGAAUCUGCUUUUGAAGUACGAGAACUGCUUUAUCAGUUUCGGUCGGAACUGGAACUCCAGAAGUUUAGGGCUGGAAUUCGGAGGACAUCCGGUUCACCCUUAUUAUCUGGGCAUCUCCUAACAAAUUUCAGGAAUCCAUAAUUGGAUAAAAAUUCUCACGAAGAUAGUAAACUAAACCAAAUAUUUUUCUAUUCAGAGAAAGAAUCAGGGAAAAGGACGUGCGGCCAGAAGAACGGGUGUUCAUGGUGCCCAUCGAUGUCAUGUGAUCCAUAUCAGCACAAUUUUCAAAUACAACACGAAUUUUUUUUUACUUUUUAGAUUUUGUAAUAUUUUUGUAGUGCAUGCAUUAAUGAUCAAUUAUUGUAAAUCACGAUUGAGUAUCGGCAAUGAAUUUGAAAUAAAUGCAAAUUGAAUAAUUUCAAACAUGUAUAGUUUUCGCGUUCAUAUCCGGGCGAUCUCCCAACAUCAAACGUCUUCAGUUUUAGGAAUGUAUUUUUUUUAUCUAUUCACAUUGCGUUCAUAAAGAACAUGUCAACAAUUAUAUUUGGAGUCUACUAUAUGCAUUGGUCGGAGGAGAACAUGACUUCACAAAUAUUAAUUCCAAUAAUAGCUUUUUAACUUUCGCUAUCGUGCUGUCUCUGUUUUAACUAGCGUUUCGAAAUUUGUAGAAGAUGCAUAGACAGAAAUUGUUUCACAAUUCAUUAAUGGAAUGUUCUUGUCAAGUCUGAAAUUUGAAUUCACGGACAGCUCAAACCAGGUGGAAAUUUCGGCGGUCUGGAAACUCGGCUUGGCCUGAAAUU